UUGUCCUAUUUGGAUCGACAAAAUUAAUCGCGGCCGUAUCUGAUUAUAAUCCCUUUCUCUCUUCACCAACAAAACAAAAAAACAGCUGAAAUGCACCGCUUUCUGCUCCAAGUUUGAUCACUCUGAUCUUGAUUUCAUCACAUACACCAUCCACCAUCCACACACAGCUAUACGUACGUAUUUGCGUACAAAUCCAAGAGGGUUUCGAAAAUGGAAGCGUUUGAUGAGGGUGUUUUCAUGGGCACAAACGACGGCGGAGAUGAGAAUGUGCGUCCCUUCGACGACGGCAUGCAGUACGGCUUCGAUGGCGAUAAUGGCGUGGCACCACCACCAAUGGACGGAUUCUCUGGGAGCCCCAGGAACGACAACAAUGACAUGCAGUCGCCGAAGGCCUACGGCUUCAGCGGCUCGCCGAACCGUUAUUCUCAGUCGCCCCUUGAAACAGCGAACGCCGGCGGCGGCGGUGGUGUGGAUGAGUACGUCAAGCCCUACGACAUCUCAGCUGACAGUGAAGGGAUUUUCACGUCGGCUGAUGGCGGGCCGCUUCUUCCGGAACCCAGCCAGAUGCGUGAAGAAGGCACCGCAUUUCGCGAAUGGCGUCGCCAAAAUGCCAUUUAUCUUGAGGAGAAAGAGAAAAAGGAAAAGGAGUUGAGGAAUCAGAUAAUUGCUGAAGCUGAGGAGUAUAAAAGACAGUUUUAUGAGAAAAGGAAUCAGACUUGCGAGACCAACAAGGCUCAGAAUCGGGAAAGAGAGAAACUUUAUCUUACCCAACAAGAGAAGUUUCAUAAGGAGGCCCACAAACAAUCCUGGAAAGCAAUAGCGGAGAUCAUACCUCGUGAAGUUCCCAACAUCGAGAAGAGGAGAGCAAAAAAGGAAGAGGAAAAGAAACCUUCUGUUCAUGUUAUUCAGGGACCAAAACCUGGAAAACCGACCGAUAUGUCAAGGAUGCGUCAACUCAUUAUGAAGCUGAAGCAGACACCUCCACCUCAUAUGGUGCCACCCCCAACCCCACCCAAGAAAGACGAUAAGGACGGAAAGAACGGGAAAGAUUCUAAGGAAGGGAAGGGUGAUUCUAAGGAAGGGAAGGAUGCCAAGAACGGGAAACCGGCUACUCCCAAAGCGUUGCAAGACGGGAAAGACAACAAGGGCGGAAAAGAGGCUACUUCAUCAGCAUCCACUGCUGCUGGAGAAACUCCAAUUUCACCUGCUAAAGAUGCAGCAAAGGGUGCUACUCCUAAAACAACUAAGUCCGACGAAUCAUCGGCUGUUGAAGGCAAGCAAUAUAUAGAGAAUGAGCCUUCCCUCAUUGCCUGAUGAGUAUUGAAUCUUUGAUCUCCUCUAAUCAAUUUUAUUGGUUCAGUUCUUUAUUUCUCUUUAUAUAUAAUCAUAUAUCAUCCCACAACUAGCAAAAGUAAUAAGAGCAGCUCCUGUUUUGAAACUUAAGCUCUGCAGUAGGGGCUGAAGUGAGAUCUCUUCUAGUUUUCUUCUAGUUUUUGUCUCCCAUGUUAUAUAUUUUCUGUUUCUGUGGUCCUUUAGAUGAACUGUUUGCCCCCUAGACUCCAAUCUUUGGAGCUAGCAAGAACUGUUAGUAAAGCAUAACAGUGGAAUAUGCUGAUCUGGAAAUGACAGAUACAACCAAGACUGAUCCAGCUCAGAUUUAUUUAGCACAAUGAAAUGAAAAUGUUGAUUUUUGCUGUUA